GCUCGUCGUGAGAGUUACCGUGGUUUCUUAUCAUUCUUCUAUAUUGCCACAGCUAAUCUACCAGUGACCAGUGACGUGUUCCUCCUUUUCAGUUUUCGGAAAGAUUUUUCAGUUUCCAUAAUUUUUUGUAAAAAAUUAAUUCUAUAUUGCUAAACAAGCUAAACACUGUACAACGUAUACAUGCUAAUGAAAAAGUAAUGAAAAUUAGCUCAUUGACGUGUCGUUAAGUAAACAUGUCAACGUACGAAGAAUUUAUUGAGCAAAAUGAAGAGCGUGACGGUGUCCGCUUGUCGUGGAAUGUUUGGCCUGCUAGCAGAUUAGAAGCAACCCGUCUUGUUGUACCAGUAGGUUGUCUUUAUCAGCCAUUAAAAGAAAGACCAGAUUUACCUCCAAUACAGUAUGAUCCUGUACUAUGUACUCGUAAUACUUGUCGAGCUAUUUUAAAUCCAUUAUGCCAGGUGGAUUAUAGAGGAAAAAUGUGGAUAUGUAAUUUUUGUUUUCAAUGUAAUUCAUUUCCUCCUCAAUAUGGAGCAAUUUCAGAUCAACACCAACCAGCUGAACUUAUUCCAGCAUUUUCUACCAUUGAAUACUCAAUAACGAGAGCUAAAACUAUGCCACCUAUAUUUUUGUUUGUUGUGGAUACUUGUAUGGAUGAUGAAGAACUCGGCGCUCUUAAAGACUCUUUACAAAUGUCUCUUAGUUUAUUACCACCAAAUGCUCUUGUUGGCUUAAUUACAUUUGGAAAUGUUGUUCAGGUCCACGAAUUAGGUUGUGAAGGUAUUUCCAAGUCCUAUGUGUUUAGAGGUACUAAAGACUUGCCACCAAAACAAAUUCAAGAUAUAUUAGGAAUUGGAAAAUAUGCUGCUCCAAAUGCACAGGCUGGUGUGCCUCAACAGCAAGCACAACAACAACAAGUUAAUGUACCAGCAAACAGAUUUAUACAACCGGUUCAAAACUGUGAUGUAAAUAUGUCAGACUUAUUAAAUGAGCUUUUAAAAGAUCCCUGGCCUGUUUCACAAGGAAUGAGACCAUUAAGGAGCACAGGAAUGGCAUUAUCAAUUGCUGUUAGCUUAUUGGAGUCCACAUAUCCACAAACUGGUGCACGCAUAAUGCUGUUUGUCGGUGGAGCAUGUUCCCAAGGCCCAGGUCAUGUAGUUAAUGAUAAAUUAUCAGAUACAAUUCGUUCCCAUGACCAAAUAAUGAAAGAUAAUGCUCCAUAUAUGAAAAAAGCAACAAAGCAUUAUGAUACCUUGGCAGUUCGUGCUGCAACCAAUGGACAUACAAUUGAUAUAUAUGCGUGUGCUUUAGAUCAAACUGGUUUGAUGGAAAUGAAGCAAUGUUGCAAUACAACUGGUGGCCAUAUGGUAAUGGGAGAUUCAUUCAAUUCAUCUUUAUUCAAGCAAACUUUCCAGAGGGUAUUAGCGCGUGAUCAUGAAAACAAUUUGAAAAUGGCAUUUAAUGCUACUUUAGAAGUAAAAACAUCUAGAGAAUUGAAAAUUAUGGGUGCAAUAGGACCAUGUGUAUCAUUAAACAUCAAAAACCCAUGUGUAUCUGACUGUGACUUAGGUUUAGGUGGUACAUGUCAAUGGAAAAUGUGUAGCUUGAUGCCUAACACUACGUGUGCAUUUUUCUUUGAGAUUGUCAAUCAACAUGGAUCACCUAUACCUCAGGGAGGACGUGGUUGCAUUCAGUUUAUUACUCAGUAUCAGCAUUCCAGUGGCUAUAAACGAAUUAGAGUCACCACAUUAGCUAGAAAUUGGGCAGAUCCUGUUCAGAACAUGAUGCAUGUUAGUGCUGCAUUUGAUCAAGAGGCUUCUGCCGUUUUAAUGGCUCGUAUGGUAGUGAACCGUGCUGAAACUGAAGAUAGUCCUGAUGUUAUGCGGUGGGCUGAUCGUACGCUUAUACGCUUGUGUCAGAAAUUCGGUGAUUAUCAAAAAGAUGAUCCAAAUAGUUUCCGAUUGCCAGAAAACUUCAGUUUAUAUCCACAGUUCAUGUAUCAUUUAAGAAGGUCUCAAUUUCUACAAGUUUUUAACAAUAGCCCCGAUGAAACAUCAUAUUAUAGACACAUGUUGAUGCGCGAAGAUGUUACACAAAGUUUAAUCAUGAUACAACCAAUUCUUUAUAGUUAUAGUUUUAAUGGUAGGCCAGAACCUGUACUUUUGGAUACUAGCAGUAUUCAACCUGACAAAAUAUUAUUGAUGGACACAUUUUUCCAUAUUUUGAUAUUCCACGGAGAAACUAUUGCUCAAUGGAGAGCAAUGGAUUAUCAAAAUAGGCCAGAGUAUAGUAACUUCAAACAGUUGCUUCAAGCCCCUGUUGAUGAUGCUCAAGAAAUUCUUAAAACUCGAUUCCCAAUGCCUCGGUAUAUUGACACUGAACAAGGUGGUAGUCAGGCAAGAUUUUUACUAUGCAAAGUUAACCCAUCUCAAACACAUAAUAAUAUGUAUGCUUAUGGAGGUGAUGGUGGAGCACCAGUUUUGACAGAUGAUGUAAGCUUACAACUAUUUAUGGAACAUUUGAAAAAGCUAGCUGUUUCGUCCAAUGCAUAG